AAAUGCAUAUACAAAACAUACAAAGUUCUAACUCAACCUUAAACUACAUUGCCAUUUCUCCCAACAUCAACAACAAUAACAACUCUUCAAGUAGGAAAAAUGGCAACUGUCACAACACAAGCUUCCGCCGCCAUUUUCCGGCCAUGUGCCACAAGAACCAGGUUCCUUACUGGGUCAUCUGGUAAAUUAAACAGAGAGGUCUCUUUUAGACCCUCGACUUCUAACAACUCAUUCAAGGUUGAAGCUAAGAAAGGUGAAUGGCUUCCAGGCUUAGCCUCUCCUGCUUACCUUGAUGGCAGUCUCCCAGGAGACAAUGGUUUUGAUCCGUUGGGACUUGCUGAGGACCCAGAGAACUUGAAAUGGUACAUCCAGGCUGAACUGGUGAAUGGUCGUUGGGCUAUGUUGGGUGUUGCUGGGAUGCUGCUGCCUGAGGUUUUCACUAGCAUUGGGAUCCUUAACGUGCCCAAAUGGUACGAUGCUGGAAAAGCGGAGUACUUUGCAUCUUCAUCCACCCUGUUUGUGAUCGAGUUCAUCUUGUUCCACUACGUCGAGAUCAGAAGGUGGCAAGACAUUAAGAACCCAGGAUGUGUCAACCAAGACCCUAUCUUCAAGAACUACAGCUUGCCUCCUAAUGAAUGUGGAUACCCUGGUGGUAUUUUCAACCCACUCAACUUUGCAGCAACUGAAGAGGCCAAGGAGAAGGAACUUGCUAACGGGAGAUUGGCUAUGCUGGCAUUUUUGGGAUUCAUAGUGCAGCACAAUGUCACUGGAAAGGGACCUUUUGACAACCUUCUGCAGCACCUCUCUGACCCAUGGCACAACACUAUUAUCCAAACACUCAGCAGCAACUAGAAUAUCUCAUGGAAACUGGAUUGAAUAUAUUAUCAAGAUUAUUGUUGGGAGUGUACGAGUAUUGCUCACUUAGUUGCUGUCUCAAACAUGCUAUACUAUUUAGAUCAUCCAAGACACUGUCAUCUAGCAUGGCCCGUCUUGCUUGAUCAACUUUUUCAGAGUCCAGAACACCAGAAGAAUUUGCAACAAAUAUACAACGGUCAUCAAUCAAUUUGAAUGUAAGAUAAUUGCUAGAGUUGUUUCGUGCAAUGUAAGGGGUUACCAAAAUUCAGUAACUUCCAAGUGUGUAAUAAUAAAGAUUGUAAAACGGGAACAACAUAAAGAUGCUGAAUACAUAUGGUUGAGUACUGACUCCUGGGGAA